AUGGCAGGUGUGGUGUACCCCAGACAGGCCCCUGUGGAUUUAGACAUAUAUCAAAGCACCUAUAUGGUCAACUAUAAACCCUUUGGGAAGCACAAGUAUUCCAGGGUCACACCGCAAGAGCAAGUGAAGCUAGAGAAACAACUCCGGGAAAAAGAGUUUUAUAGGCCCAUCCCCAACCCCAACCCCAAGCUAGAGGAUGGAUACCCCACCUUCAAAAGACCCCACAUGACUGCCAAAGACCUGGGGAACCCCGGUUUCUUCCCAUCACUGGACCGUGUGACCACAGCAGAGGACGAACACAGCAGGUUCACCAGCAUCUGCCCGUCCGUGUACCCAGUUCUGUACGUGCCCCAGGGCGGUCGGCACCGGGCCCACCAGAGUGUCCACUUCCCUUGCCUCCUGGAGCCCGAGCGCCAACCUGCUGCAGAAGAGGGCAAAGGUUACUUUCUGUUGCCUGGUUGCCUCUGUCCUUAUCACUAUACAGUCAGGGUCCCUAUCUUGAACCGAUGGGGACCCCUGAUGCCAUUUUACCAGUAG